CUAGGUGGUCCCUUGGCUGGACCCCGGAGGCAGAAGAACCUGGCUGAGCUCGGCCCGCAGCGGGUGCUGACCACACCGGCCAGGAGGGGGUUAAGGUGGCGCUAGCGGCCUCGGCCAGUUGGAGGGUCUGGUUCUCAGCGCAGAACCCAGAGCGGGGAGCGCGCCCGGCACAAUCCUGAAUAGAGCCCGGGCCAUGGGGAGAGGGGCCAGACCCCUCCCCGCCCUGGGGCUGGAGGGAUUGGGUCGGCAGGGGGCCAGCCCGGAAGCCGGCUUCCUUCAGGCUCCCCCUUUCGCUGCUGCCAAGCUGCCUCGCAGCCAGGCAGGCUAGGCGUUUGUUCUGCGCUCCCUGCCGAGGAGAUGUGAGGGAUUUUCUCUUGGGGAGAAAUCACUGGUGGAGUGCCUGCCCAGCUCAAAUGCCAUCCGGCUCAGAGGGAGGCCUGCGGCCCAGGGACCCCGGAGGGAGAGCAACGUCACACCUCCUGAGGACAGCCAGGAGGACUCCAGCUUUUGCUGAGCUUUGCAUCUUGCCUUCUUCCUUCCAAAAGCUCCAGACCCACUCUUGGCUAUCCUCGAGCCCUGCAUGCCCCUGGCCAGGCACCCCAUUACCCCUCCAACCCAGCCCUAGCGCUCACCUCCAGGACCUGGAGUCUGCCCUCCUGCCCAGAAUGACUCACCAUUAUUUCUAGCUCGAGUGAGAAGAUGUGAUGGGGAGUUGAGCUGCCUGGAUUUGUAUGUAGGAUUCCUGCAGCACCUGAUCAUCUCUGCAAGGAAGAGCUUCAAGUUCCUGUCUGGCCAGCUAAGUGAGGCUGUCUCUCCAGUUCUCAGAGAGCUCGUGGGGCUCUCCUCCAGAAAGCCCAGGCCAAUGCUUCUGUGCUUCCUGGGGCUGUUAGCAGCACCCUGAGCUCCUUGCCACCAGGCAGCUGGAAGGUGUAGCACAAGGCACUUCUCUCAGUCUCAAUUAUGACAGUGGCCACCGGAGACCCAGCAGACGAGGCUGCAGCCCUCCCUGGGCACCCACAGGACACCUAUGACCCAGAGGCAGACCACGAGUGCUGUGAGAGGGUGGUGAUCAACAUCUCAGGGCUGCGGUUUGAGACCCAGCUAAAGACUUUAGCCCAGUUUCCAGAGACCCUCUUAGGGGACCCAAAGAAGCGAAUGAGGUACUUUGACCCCCUCCGAAAUGAGUACUUUUUUGAUCGAAACCGCCCUAGCUUUGAUGCCAUUUUGUACUACUACCAAUCUGGAGGCCGAUUGAGGCGACCUGUGAAUGUGCCCUUAGAUAUAUUCUCUGAAGAAAUUCGGUUUUAUGAGCUGGGAGAAGAAGCAAUGGAGAUGUUUCGGGAAGAUGAAGGCUACAUCAAGGAGGAAGAGCGUCCUCUGCCUGAAAAUGAGUUUCAGAGACAGGUGUGGCUUCUCUUUGAAUACCCAGAGAGCUCAGGGCCUGCCAGGAUUAUAGCUAUUGUAUCUGUCAUGGUGAUUCUGAUUUCCAUCGUCAGCUUCUGUCUGGAAACAUUGCCCAUCUUCCGGGAUGAGAAUGAAGACAUGCAUGGUGGUGGGGUGACCUUCCACACCUACUCUAACAGUACCAUCGGGUACCAGCAGUCCACUUCCUUCACCGACCCUUUUUUCAUUGUAGAGACCCUCUGCAUCAUCUGGUUCUCCUUUGAAUUCUUGGUGAGAUUCUUUGCCUGUCCCAGCAAAGCUGGCUUCUUCACCAACAUCAUGAACAUCAUUGACAUUGUGGCCAUCAUCCCCUACUUCAUCACCCUGGGGACGGAACUGGCUGAGAAACCAGAGGACGCUCAGCAGGGUCAGCAGGCCAUGUCACUGGCCAUCCUCCGCGUCAUCCGGUUGGUAAGAGUCUUUAGGAUUUUCAAGUUGUCCAGACACUCCAAAGGUCUCCAGAUCUUAGGUCAGACCCUCAAAGCCAGCAUGAGAGAAUUGGGCCUCCUGAUUUUCUUCCUCUUCAUUGGGGUCAUCCUGUUCUCUAGUGCUGUCUAUUUUGCAGAGGCUGAUGAGCGAGAGUCCCAGUUCCCCAGCAUCCCGGAUGCCUUCUGGUGGGCAGUCGUCUCCAUGACAACUGUAGGCUAUGGAGAUAUGGUUCCAACUACCAUUGGGGGAAAAAUAGUGGGUUCCCUGUGUGCUAUUGCAGGUGUGUUAACCAUUGCCUUACCGGUUCCUGUCAUUGUAUCCAAUUUCAACUACUUCUACCACCGGGAGACAGAGGGAGAGGAGCAGGCCCAGUACUUGCAAGUGACAAGCUGUCCAAAGAUCCCAUCCUCCCCUGACCUAAAGAAAAGUAGAAGUGCCUCUACCAUUAGUAAGUCUGAUUACAUGGAGAUCCAGGAGGGGGUAAACAAUAGUAAUGAGGACUUUAGAGAGGAAAACUUGAAAACAGCCAACUGCACCUUGGCUAACACAAACUAUGUGAAUAUUACCAAAAUGUUAACUGAUGUCUGACUGAAAUCUAUUAGCAUACUCACAGCUCGGUGGAACUAAUGCAGAUAUUGCAUAAUAGCCUGCAUUAUAGUCAGUGUGUUCUACAGUGUGUAUCUGGUUCUGCAUGGAAAGCAAUAGUCGUGCAAGUGA